GUAGCCACUGCAUCUCAGACAUUGAACAGAGAAAUGUGAAACAUGUAGUAGUAGUUAAAUUGGUUAAAAGUUAAAACUUCGAAGUGAAAGUAAAUUCGGAUUGUGUUUAUUGGCUUUCAAGUUGUGAUCUCCAUAGCUGUAAUGUCAUCUGUGAAACUUGCAAUGCAGUGUGAAAUAUCGAAAAUUUUGAUCUCCGAAGGUAUUUAUCACUGCAAUCAAUCCAAGAAAAGCUGUUGCAGCUAACUCUAUAACCCAAUGGGCUCUUCCCUCCCGCUUAAAUUCGCCCUAUUCUUCUCCAUCUCUAUCGCCGGCGCCGGCGCCGGAGCUGCCGCUCUCUCCCCCAAAGCCACUGCCUCUGACCUACUUUCCCUCCUGGGCCCACCCGACCAGGCCGCCUCCGUCAACUCGGUAGUCGCCCGGGACCUCCGCUCAUGCUUCAAAUUCCUAGCCCCCUUCAAUCAAACCCUACCCACUCGCCGAUCGCUCACUUCUCAACUCAAUACGCCGUUGAGUCGGAGCAGAGACGAAAUUGAUCGCCUGAUUGUAUCGCCGCCGCCGCCCAUAUUGGAGCUGGCGCGCCUCGCCCUCGACUCCGGCGGUGACCCUGGGGCUAUUCACCGAGCUCUUGAUCCGGCUAUUGUACCCGUUCCUGAUGUUGAAGGAUCAAACGAGGACCGCUGUGAGCUUACUAGAUACCCUUAUGGGAGGCUAUUUAUCGAUGAGGGCUUGAAUUCUUACAUUAAGUUCUUGUUUGAAAUUAUUGUGGAGCGUGGUCCAGGAGUAGGCUUGAAUGUGUCUUUAAGCCGCUAUGACUUUUUCCAUGGCCACCUUUUCCUUGCCAAGGAAUCUGGAAGAGUUGGCAUUUUGUUUCAUGCUAAAGAGUACCCUGCCUAUGACAAAGAACUUUUUCCUUACAACAUGGGCUAUUGCCAAGUCGGAUCUAACGUUGCUUAUGACGAUUCAAUGAAUUUGAGAAAUAUUUUAUGGCUUGCUCCGUUACCGAGUAAUUCUGGAGAUGCAUGGGUGGCACCAGGAGUCCUCGUUGUCUUGGACGCACAUCCUGAAGGAAUAAUAUACCGGGAUCUCAUACCUAAAUACGUUCGUAUUGCAAGAACAUUAUAUGAAGAUGAUUUUGGUGAAGUUGUGGUUGAUGUCAACUAUCUGAACGUGGGAGCUGAAACACCUAAAUUUCAACUCUUCAUAUGUUGAGACUUGAUGAAGGUAUAAUUUGAUUUAUCUUUUCCAUACCAGACAGACGGCAGAUAUUUCAUUCGCUCCAGAAAAAUAUAUAUGCUGGUCUUUAGGGGUACGAAAUGGCUAGGCUGGUUAGAUAAGGGUAAGCCGAAGUUAGCUUGGUUGGCUCAGAAAAAUGGUUCGAAUACGUGUGGAAAUGAACAUUAUGUCGAACUUCUAACCUAUAGCAAGAUGGACAUAAUACUGCGUUUCCUCAUCCCCUUUCUAUGAUGGUUGAGUCCUCUUUUCAUGUAUGCAUUAUAAGAUUUCUUGGACCAGAACCCAGAUUAGUCACCUUGAUAUUAUGUAAUCUCACAUAUAUCAUCAACUUUCGUCGUUGAAUAUAUACUUAGUUUCAUUGUUGCUGCCA